AACCCUAACUUUAGUAACCAAAAAAUAUGGAAGAUAAUAUUCUCACUUUAGAACAAAUUCAUCUUUAUUUACUUCAAAACGGUGGUAAAGUGCGAAAUCGAGAUGUUGUGAGACAUUUUAAAUCUUUUUUAACGGAUACAGUAACCAAAGACGAAAAUAGAUGUCGCUUCAAGUCCUACAUCAACACGUUGGCACUAACGAAAUCUGAAGGAGAUGAAAAGGUUAUCCAACUCAAAGCAAAAUUUAGCAGUUAUGAUCCACCAGCGGCUACAUACAGAGAAGUAUAUUCCCCUACUCUGGAUCCGAUCAACUCCAUAGGAAUUCCAGUUACGCCGACCGAUUUAAAUUUGGUUUCUCCACGAGGAACAGCUAAAAAUACACCUCCUAAAUCACAACUUGCUGGGAAUAGACCGCCUCCUUACAGACCGCCGCCUCCUGUUUACAGCAGCACAACUUCUUUGGAUUCGUUGUCUUUAGGAUCGAUGGUUUCUUUAAACGAGUUGGCUUUAACUCCGCAGGCUCCUCCUAGAGACAGAAGAAAAGAUUCAGAAAAGAGUAGAUCGAUCAGCGAGGAAUCAACACCGAAAAAAAGCGACGGUGAUGCUAAUUUUGAUGAUAAAACUGUUAGCGUUAAAGAGAGAACACAGAAAUUUAAUAGAUUAGCCUCGGUGGAGGACGAGCUGAGUCCCAGGCAACCCAAGUCAGCUGAAAAAGAGAACAGAAGACCCAAUUGGGGACCAGAUCAAGACGAUGGAUUGAAUCUUACACCGUUGGAACCAAAGAAAUGCAUGGAAUGGUACGUCACGGCUAGCAGAGGAGACUAUCAGGAAUUGCUGAAAUUAGCAAACAACGAGCCGAGAUUAGUCAGCAAAAAGGUUUCCAAUGAAUUCUUUUACUUUAACUUUUUUUGCAACAGAUUUAGCGAACACGUGAUCUCCACCACGGUUUUCUCUUGGAAUAUUCCCUUCAGAUAAAAUCUGCGCUAUGUGAUUAAUUCGGUCUUUUUUACAUUAACACAUUUGAGAAAAAAAGCCUGGCAUACCUGAAUUUUUUUGUUGGACACUCUUUUGGGCAGA